AUGUCAUCGAGGCGGGGCGCCAAGCCGCCGCGCUUGACACCUGGGGCGCUGGCUGCGCACGCGGCAGCACACACCCCCGCCCAGAAGACGAUUACGAAGGUGUCGACUGCGCCGUCUGCCUCCAAGGCAGUCAGCCUGGCAGGCGCGUCCACCGCGGCAGGAGAUGGGGCCACCAGGAGGCGAGGUCCCAAUAAGAAGGUCAGUUGCUCCAGGAACGCGUGCAAGGAGGUGAUGCUCAGUGGCAAGGCUGCCUGCGCCGAGUGCCAUGCCACCUUUGCGUGGGGCAACUUCGACGGCGAGGGGACGCUCGAGGAGGUCAUUCAGAAAUGCAACACAGAGCCGUCCAGCGAUCAGCUGUUCAGUAAGGUCAACACCAUCAGGAUCCAGAAGCACCUCGGUGAGAAGACGAUGGAGACUGAGCAGGUAGUUGGACAGGAAUCGCACAAGCUCAGACUCAUCGAGACUUGGGAUGGCCACCUGAAGUCGACCAUCGAAUCCGAGUCGGGGAAGAGCUUCAAGGAGCUGAAGCUGACGCAGACGCUGCUGCCUUCUGCUGACCUGCGGGCCGCGCACCCAGGGGCACUGACCAAGGUCAAGGGCGUCAGAUACGAGCUGGUGAAAGAGCACAUCGUCUCGAAAGACACGUUCAAUAUGCUCCACUCGGGCCAGAUGUACAAGCAACAGGGCGCCAACGCUUUCAAGAAGGCCAAGCAGCAGUGGACUUCUGCGUUCGUCAGGAGGCUGCGGAACACGACCAUCACCAAGCUCGACUUGGGGGGUGAUGACGUUCCGCCAGACGACGGCGACGGUGGCCCUGCAGACGAUGAUUUGGACGCAGAAGGUGAGGAGGGAGAAGAGGAGGAUGACCCAGAUGCGGCUGGCCCUUGCAUUGAUGAGGCUGCGGGCAAUCCUGCGCCCACGCUUGCAGCACCGUCUGCCGCGGGCGCUGCUGCUUCCUCGGCGCCGCGGUAUCCGCAGCCAUCCCCGCCCAGGUCCAUCAAGGCUGCCUCCACCGUCGGGGCGUCGGUUCGGAGCCCUGCUCCGAAGAGGUCGCCUUCUGGCGGCAUGUCUGUCCUGCAACGCGUGCCGCAGGACGGCAAGUACGAGUACUACGGGGUCACGUGGGACACGAACGAUGCCGAGGAGAAGACAGCGCUCGAGAAGCUGGUGAAGUGCGACCCCAUCGAGGCCUUGAUGGACCAGUGCACGAAGGUCAGCGAGAGGUGGGCCAGGGAGUUGCACAAAAAACGGGCUGACGCUGACCCCAGCGACUCGAUUGCCACUCGCAUCCAGAAGCACCUCGCGUUGAUGGCGCGGUGCAGGGCCGUCUCCCUCAACAGCCUCCCGUGCUACGGCAAUCGGGAGGAGCGCAUCCAGGACAUCGAGGCAGUGGUCAAGGCGAAGGUCGAGUUCCCGAUCGAGUGGCAGGUCGCAGUUGCUUUUCGCGCGCUGGAAGACAUCACCCAGUCGAGCUCCAUGUUGGCACAUAUCAAGGAAGCCAUGGUCAUCGCGUCGUUCGUUCCAGCCGAUUUCUCCGCCACGUUUGAGUUCGACCCCCUGCAGCCCGAGAUGCAUGCGAUCGUCGGUUCACCCGAUGAGGUUGUGUCUCGCUGGCGGGGCGCGUUCAGCAGGAUCCUGAAGGCGUUGGUCAGGCUUGCAGAGGGGAAGCCGAACUCACAGGCAGUCGCCGCGGCCAUCCAGCUAGAGGAUUUUCUCACCGACCUCGACGUCGACUCUGACCCCUCGUACCACAGCUGCCUCCAGGAGUCCCUCAAGCCACUCAGGUGCCUCAUCUGUGUCUUCGACUGUUCGCACUUAGAGUUUUACGACGACGUGGCCGACACGCUGAGGGCUGCGAAGGCGGGUGGCCUCGCGGUCAACGAUACGAGGCGCGCCGUGAUCGACGCUAUGGAUAAGCUCCCCGCCUACACCGCCAAGCUCGAAGAGAUCAAAAGACGCAUUAUGACGAUGUGUGAGGCCAUUGUAGACGAGACAAAGACCCACCCGCCGCAGCAGCUUCAUAAGUGGCUGGACAUGCUGAUGAAGGCGAAGAUCGAGAUCGGCAUCCCUGAUGCGACGGCGCAUGCCUUCAACACGUUCGGCACGGCCCUGGAACGGCACCUUUCCGAGGGCAGCGUGCGGCACAUCCUUUCGGGCGACGUCGGAUGCAUCGCAGUCGCUGGGCAGCUCAUGGAGUUCCUCGCCUUGGGACGCCCUCAGCAAGUUGCCGAAUGCAUCGGCAGCUGCGUCGGCGAUCGCAGACAGCUCACCAUCAACGAUGACCAGGCCUCGGACGCGGUGCGGGGCAUCAAGUGUCUGAAUGAUGCGAGGUUGGCGCAUUACCACAUGUACUCGCCUGCGUUCAUGGGGAACUUGAGCGCCCUCGCAGUCUCCCUGAAGAGCAUGGUCCUCGAUCAGGCGGAGUGCAGGGCCGCCGACGCUUUCGAGGACUUGUGGGCAAAGCUGUCGGCGGUGUCGGCGGCGAAGCAGUCGUGGAUGCAGUUGGGGGGGGCCGUUGAGGCUCGGAUCGCCGCGGACGUUGGCCUUGGAGCGAUCUUGGACGUGCUGUCCGCGACCGUCGCCCUGGAGAAGGCUGUCAACGCAGUUGGCAGCAACAGCGUGGCUGACAUCGGGAAGGUGGUUGAGGACACAAAGGGGAUUGUCAGCGAGGUGGCGGCGGUAACCUGCGACAGCAGCGACAGGGAGCUCCAGCUAGCGCUGGCCUCGAGCAAGCUGGAGAACAUCGGCCAAGGUGUGGACGACGGCACCGACUGGGCGAGGGACCUCUCCGACAAGACAAUCGAGGAGGUGAAGGCCGUCGGGAAGACCGACUUCCACGCGGAGUUCAAAGCGUUGGAGCUGGAGGCGGCCAUCGGCACGGUGGAGGGCGCCCUCACCAGUGCCAAGGCCCUCUGCGAGAAGUUCGGGCGGGAGCCGAACGCUGACUUGGUGUCGAGAGCCAACAGAGCGCUGCUCAUCGGGAAGAAGACCCGCUGGGAGGGCUUGAUCCUGCUCGAGCUCGUGGCGAUGGACGCCCAGAGCAACGAUUCGGCAGAGCGCGGCACGACUGUUGCGAACAUCAGGAAGUUCAAGCGCCUCGCCGAGAAAGAUGGAGUAUUCAAAAACAUGUUGCCGCAGAUAGUUGAGGCCGUGAGCUCCGCUGAGAGCAGCAAGAAGAGGGUCCGCGUCGACGGCACCUCCGACAUGAUGCUGGCAGAGCUCAGCGACGUCGGCUGGGAAACCCGGGCCAUGCGCCAGCGGCAGGCGCAGAUUACCAUCCGCGUCCGGAGGCUGGUGCGCGCCGAGCAGAACCGCACCGUCACCAUGCUGGAGCGCCGCCUCUGCGGGCUGGUUUUCAAGAACCUCUGCAGACAGCCCUUCGCCAAUCUGCCCCUCGUGGGCGGGGACAGCAUCGGCGACGCAGCUCCAGCCAAUAUUAACCCUUUCGUGGUUUCAGAUGCAGAGUCGUUCAGACGCCUGGUGUUAGAGGUGGGCGAUGCAAUCGCCAACAACAUAAGUUUAGACGGGUUGUUGGACCAGACGCACAUGGAGAUCGGCCUGGUCUUCACAGAGGCCGUUCGCUCAGAUGAGACCCAGUUGCCUGCGAGGGGCGCCACGGGGUCGAACGACGAAGGCAAUAUAUACAACGACUUGCCCGACGAUGCUGACGAGAGGGCGAAACUGGUCAACACCGAAUGGAACUAUGGCAUGUUGUUUGUGAAGCGGGGCAGCGGCGGCCAACCUUCCUCAUACGUCAGCUUCUCAUUCAGUCUCUGCACCCCUGUUCAAGUGGUUUCGAAUACAACUGGAGAAUGUUAUUACGCCGUGCUGCACCAGACCCGCCUGGCCGACGCAGACCGCAUCGCUCAGAAGUUCGCCCGCCACCAGAGGAAUGCGACCACAGACGGAGACAGGGCGUUCAUCAGAGCUGAGCGUCACCGCUCAUGUGUCUACCCCGACAUGCACUUGCUACAUAAGCUGUGUUGCGUCCAUAGGGCGUCAAAUUGCAAGAAGGAGCCAUUCAAGAAAAAAGUGCCCAGAGAAAUUGAGUUCUACACCAAUCUCGUCCUUGUGAUGCGCAGGGCCUACAACAGCAACACUUUUCGGAGAGAGGUUAAGAAACUUAUACUUGCGCCUGGUCGGUUCACUUACCUGGCGGAGGGGGCCUGCUUGCCAGUGCAUGUGAAACGUCUCGAGCACCUCCUCGACCUUGCGGUGCCGCCCCGCACCCGCAAGAACGUGUGGAGGCGGAGCGUCAUAUGGGCUACGAUCAACGGCGGCAUCGACGGCUCCAGGCUCAUUCACUGGAAUGGGUGCGAAGAGAUAGUGGAGUAUUUCAUUCUUUUGCAGGGCUUGGGAAUAUUUGCCGACGCAUGGAGCAAGUGGAUUGCCGUGUAUUAUCCCAGCGAGAAGAAGGGCGCACAUCCGAGAGUUGACCUAGACGGCAAGGGCGCGCUCCAAGCGGUCCUGGACUCGAACCCAGCAGGCAUGAGCGUGCCGCAUCUCACCGUCGCAGCGCAGGAAGAGUUGAAAAAGCUCGAACAGAAGAGCCAUAGGGGUACCGUCACGAAGCACUUAGCUACUAUUGGCCCAGAUGAAGUCCUAUCCACUGCCGUCGUCGUGCUGAGAACAAUGAACUUGCACCGCGAUUUCAUCGGUGGGCUGAUCUACUCUUGUGGUGACCAUAAGAAGUUGAAACAGAAAGCGUCAGCAUCCCAGGCGUUGAAGGGCAACCAUGGCCGCACCUUCAUGUAUCAAGUUCUGGAGGCUUACGAUGUGGAGUUGGAGACUCGUCUGGUUGACAACGCUUUCUUUCUGAUGUCAGACUCCGCUCAUUGGGAGAGCAUCCCGCUGCGAUGCAGGACUCUGAGGUUGCAGUGCACUGCGUUCCGCUUGCUAUCUCAGGCCGUCUGCACGACAUCACUUAUCAAGUUGGAGAAAACAUGGUAUCCGAAUAAAACGUUUGCUGGUAUCCGCAGCGACGAUGCCAUGCAGGCGGCUCUCGACGAGAAGGAUUGCUUGCUCGACCCCUGGUCGCUGCAGUUCUGCAGGCACCACAGGUACGGGGUCAUCGCAGACGCGCGGCAUGACUUGAUGCACGUGGCUAGCUUGCUCCAUGAGGACACAGUGAAGCAGGAGUGGAGCCAAGGCGUCUUGCGACGCAUCAUCGCCUCACGAUCGGUCAACACGUGGGUUGCCAGCCUUUCCCGCAUCAACGUCGAAUGGAUCGGCCAAGGGUUCCGCAGGCUGGCGAGAGCCUUUCGGCAGCUUCGGACACCCAGCUCAAGCAGCCCUGCGGCCGACCAGCCAUGCCAGCAACAAGCCCGCGCUGCUGGCGCCCCGAGCGCCCCGCGGAGGCGGAAGCUGCGGGCUGCCGACGUCUUCUUCAGUCGUGAGUGCGGGCAGGAAGGCAACGCACAGCCCAGCUUCUCGGGGAUGUGGGCGAAGUUCCGCAGGCUGGGCGACGGCGACAUCGACGGGCUCCAGCGGCAGGCGGAUGAGGCCAACGCUGAGGUCAACGAGGGGAGGAGGCCUUUUCCGAUGGGUCGGCGCGAGAUGCAGCGGGCCAGGGCCCGCGCCGACGCAGAGGCAGUUGCCGCGAUGCACGUCCGCGCUCAGCUCGCCGAUGACAGAGUUGGUCAGCCCGCUCCCCUGCGCCGCGCCCUGGAGGCCCAUGGGCGCACCCUCGCUGCCGUUGCUGCGGCUGCCCCGUCGGGUGCGUUGGCCGCCAGGCCGAGCGCAGACGCCCUUGCAGUCAUCGAGCGUGCUCUGCGGACCUCUUCGGACUCGGAGCGGCGCGAGGAGAAGGUUGCCGAGCAGCAGGUGGUCGAUUUCGCCGAGAGAAGCGGCCGCGCGGGCGCUCGGGAGCUGGCCCUGGCAGCGGGCCGCGUGGUGCCGCAUGCCGCUGACGCCAGCUUAUUCGUUGCCGACCCGAGGAACGCCCAGUCCGAGGAAGGCGCCCAGAAUUUCUUGCACGCCGAGUGGGCCGACGACUCCGUCUACCAGCGGGCGCAGCGACUCGCUGCGCUGACGGGGCAGACCCGCCCAGUGCGCGCGUUGCGAGGUCUCUUGCAUCGCUUCUGGCAUGGGCUGUCCCGCACAAUAUUGCACAAGGACUGCGAGGUGUUCGACGAGCCACCUGUCCACAGGAGGUGCUGGGAGGCUCGCCGUUGCAUAUGCUGCCCUGAGUCGGCGUCGCUGGUAAAGUUGAGGGCUAACCUCGAGAAGACCACGCGGCGCUUAUACCGCCCUGGAGCUCUUCGGUCCAACGUUGAUUCAGGGUUCAUCGUGUGCUGUUUCAUCGGCUUGGCUGUUCGGCAAGAUGGGGAUGGCGGCCCCGCUGCCGAGUGCGACGAUGGUGCCCUCUACGCGUUCAUGCACGUCGGCUUUCACAGCUGGAGCCCGUUCGAGCCCUUCUACGUCCCCAUGCGGACGCCAGGGUACGUCGUCGACUUGGACGGCGACCAGAAGCUCAGAGAACGCUUGGUGGAGUUGGGGGCGUUGCCUAGGAGUCUUGAUGCGUGGGCUGCUUGCGAGAUCUUCGGCUUGUCGAAGCGCUGGCUGCUGGCGCACUUCGAGCUGAUCGAGAACGACACCGUCGUGGGCGCCGUGGAGCCCCGACUGCAGAAGGGGAGAGCCGUCCACGACGGCGAGACGCAUGUCAUCUGGGACCCCGCCGCGCCGAGGCGUCGACGGAUCAGCCAGUGGCACGCUCUGGCCGACCGCUUCAAGGCCGCGUGCGACGAGAGCUCCGACGAUGGCGGUGGGGGCGACUCGGAUGGGGGCGACGCUGCCACUGAGGGCGGCGGCUCUGCUGACGGCGGCGGCGGCGAGGUGGGGGCCUCGGGCGUCGAGGAGGAGCAGGCCAUCGUCGAGGCCGCGGUGGAUGGCUCCGACGGCAGUCGAGAGCAGCUGUCGUCUGACAGCUCGUCUACGGCGAGUUCGAGUUCGUCGGAGGACGCUGGCGCCGACGAGCCCCCCGACCUCGGCGUCGAGCAUCCGCCACACCUGCGAGAACAGGCCGUGUGUAGUUUCAGGCUGCCUGGUCAUCUUGGAGGCGGCUCUAUCGUCGCCUAUAAGAACAACGAGAUCUAUGCGUACUGCGGCGAGUGCGAAGCACACGGGAGACGGUGCCGAGUGUCUCGCCGUGGCAAGGGGGCGACCAAGCGGGCGCAGGGUCAAGGCAGGCCGUUGGGCUACCUCAUGGCCUGGCUGCUCUCGGCUGACGAGUGCAGCGACGCCUGGGACCACAAGAACUUGUAUAAGACGAUCGAUCAUGCUACCAGGAGGCACGGCAGGGAUAUCCUCAGAGGGCUCGCAGGGUCCGAGGACAUCUUCGAGCAGGUCGCGGAUAACCAGGUGGCCAACCAUGACAUCGAGAGCAUGCCAGAGGUGAUCGCCUGCGUGUUUCGGUCCAUGGAGGGGCGCCAGCGCUGCAACUCCGCGCGCGCCAAGUUUUCCCCCGACGCGGGCGCGCCCGCCCUCUCCUGCUUCGCGGGCGGGUGCGGCGGCCCCAGCGCGUCGGCCGCGGCGGCGCUCGCGCGACCCCGCGUCGUUCGGCGCCUGCCGCGCGCCAUCGUUCGCGAAUGCUCCCGCGGCGCGUGGGCAGCGGCGGCGCAGCGGGCGCAGCUGGGCGGCGGCGCGCAUUGGCUCAUCGGGGGCGGGCUCGUGCAGCGCCGCACCAUCGUGAAUGGCGACGCGGCGCGUGGAUGGAUAGUCAUGGGGGGGAACGGGUGGAUCCAUUCAUCGUCGGUGCAGUGCGUGGCCACCAGAGCAGGUUGCAAUGCGAGCGCGGCUUCGCCGCUCGACUUCGGUUCUUUGAGGCAACGCGUCCAGGCGGCGCUCAAGGCCAGCGCGGCGACUCUGGCUUCGCUGGCAGGGCCGACCCUCAUGGUCGCGGCCCGCCUCAGCAGUCGGUCUGCCACGACUGCGCCCGCCGUUUCCAGCGAGAGGGCGCAGCUCAGCAGAGGCCCCGACGUCGGAGGGGCAGAGCGCGCCUCCCCUUUCUAUCUGAUCUCGGGCCCAGCCCCGACCUCGCCGUUGCCAUUUAGGCUCAAUUCGCCGAGGCUGGCAGGGCGUGGCGGCCCAUCUGUUGCGAGGUGCGUUUGCGCCAUCCGACUUUCAGACAUCGGGCUUUCGGGCUCGCGAGCAGGCGCCAUGCAGGCGGCCAUGGACAAGAACGAGUACAACAGGGUGAUGGUUGCCGUGUCCGACAGCAACGACUUCGACAUGGCGAGCUCCCCUCGGGGCGCUGUGGGCCCCGUCGCCGCGGGCUCCUCGCAGGCUGAGCUCGGCGGCCACGGCGGAGCCGCGGACCCGCCGCCCGUCGACUCCCAGGGCCCGCCAGGCUCGGCGGAUGGCCCCGCGCCCGCGGCCCCGCCGCUGCAGCCCAGGGCGAAGGCCGCGCCGCGCAACUACGGCAAGCUCUUGGCGCAGGAGCUGGCCCAGAAGCUCGGCGUGCACAACUCAGUGGCGGCGGGGAUGAUCGACGAGCUGCCGAGUGCCGUGGCGAGGGUCCUGCAGGCCAGCCACGGCAAGGUCAUCCUCCCGAACUUCCUCACCAUCAACAUGGUGGAGCAGUCAAUUGGCGCCACCAGCAAGGACGAGGCGAAGGUCCUCAAGUCCAGCGCCAAGGCGAUGAAGGUGCACAGUGACAACGUCCGCCUGGUGAAGCCCGAGGUCACUUUCAAGGCCCAGUGGGUGAGGGAGGUUCUGAAGACGAAGGACGUGACGCCGACGGUGAUCACCCUCCCGAACGGCGUGCUCCGCCCUGACAUGGACAUAGCGCCGUGCACGCCUGUGUCCAGGGCCUGGCUCGGACUCCCGCUGCAGAGCCCGUCGCUCCCUGCUUCCUCCGUGCUGAGCGAUGCGGACGUGCCGCGGGGCGCCAAGCCGCCGCGCUUGACACCUGGGGCGCUGGCUGCGCACGCGGCAGCACACACCCCCGCCCAGAAGACGAUUACGAAGGUGUCGACUGCGCCGUCUGCCUCCAAGGCAGUCAGCCUGGCAGGCGCGUCCACCGCGGCAGGAGAUGGGGCCACCAGGAGGCGAGGUCCCAAUAAGAAGGUCAGUUGCUCCAGGAACGCGUGCAAGGAGGUGAUGCUCAGUGGCAAGGCUGCCUGCGCCGAGUGCCAUGCCACCUUUGCGUGGGGCAACUUCGACGGCGAGGGGACGCUCGAGGAGGUCAUUCAGAAAUGCAACACAGAGCCGUCCAGCGAUCAGCUGUUCAGUAAGGUCAACACCAUCAGGAUCCAGAAGCACCUCGGUGAGAAGACGAUGGAGACUGAGCAGGUAGUUGGACAGGAAUCGCACAAGCUCAGAAUCAUCGAGACUUGGGAUGGCCACCUGAAGUCGACCAUCGAAUCCGAGUCGGGGAAGAGCUUCAAGGAGCUGAAGCUGACGCAGACGCUGCUGCCUUCUGCUGACCUGCGGGCCGCGCACCCAGGGGCACUGACCAAGGUCAAGGGCGUCAGAUACGAGCUGGUGAAAGAGCACAUCGUCUCGAAAGACACGUUCAAUAUGCUCCACUCGAGCCAGAUGUACAAGCAACAGGGCGCCAACGCUUUCAAGAGGGCCAAGCGGCAGUGGACUUCUGCGUUCGUCAGGAGGCUGCGGAACACGACCAUCGCCAAGCUCGACUUGGGGGGUGAUGACGUUCCGCCAGACGACGGCGACGGUGGCCCUGCAGACGAUGAUUUGGACGCAGAAGGUGAGGAGGGAGAAGAGGAGGAUGACCCAGAUGCGGCUGACCCUUGCAUUGAUGAGGCUGCGGGCAAUCCUGCGCCCACGCUUGCAGCACCGUCUGCCGCGGGCGCUGCUGCUUCCUCGGCGCCGCGGUAUCCGCAGCCAUCCCCGCCCAGGUCCAUCAAGGCUGCCUCCGCCGUCGGGGCGUCGGUCCGGAGCCCUGCUCCGAAGAGGUCGCCUUCUGGCGGCAUGUCUGUCCUGCAACGCGUGCCGCAGGACGGCAAGUACGAGUACUACGGGGUCACGUGGGACACGAACGAUGCCGAGGAGAAGGCAGCGCUCGAGAAGCUGGUGAAGUGCGACCCCAUCGAGGCCUUGAUGGACCAGUGCACGAAGGUCAGCGAGAGGUGGGCCAGGGAGUUGCACAAAAAACGGGCUGACGCUGACCCCAGCGACUCGAUUGCCACUCACAUCCAGAAGCACCUCGCGUUGAUGGCGCGGUGCAGGGCCGUCUCCCUCAACAGCCUCCCGUGCUACGGCAAUCGGGAGGAGCGCAUCCAGGACAUCGAGGCAGUGGUCAAGGCGAAGGUCGAGUUCCCGAUCGAGUGGCAGGUCGCAGUUGCUUUUCGCGCGCUGGAAGACAUCACCCAGUCGAGCUCCAUGUUGGCACAUAUCAAGGAAGCCAUGGUCAUCGCGUCGUUCGUUCCAGCCGAUUUCUCCGCCACGUUUGAGUUCGACCCCCUGCAGCCCGAGAUGCAUGCGAUCGUCGGUUCACCCGAUGAGGUUGUGUCUCGCUGGCGGGGCGCGUUCAGCAGGAUCCUGAAGGCGUUGGUCAGGCUUGCAGAGGGGAAGCCGAACUCACAGGCAGUCGCCGCGGCCAUCCAGCUAGAGGAUAUUCUCACCGACCUCGACGUCGACUCUGACCCCUCGUACCACAGCUGCCUCCAGGAGUCCCUCAAGCCACUCAGGUGCCUCAUCUGUGUCUUCGACUGUUCGCACUUAGAGUUUUACGACGACGUGGCCGACACGCUGAGGGCUGCGAAGGCGGGUGGCCUCGCGGUCAACGAUACGAGGCGCGCCGUGAUCGACGCCAUGGAUAAGCUCCCCGCCUACACCGCCAAGCUCGAAGAGAUCAAGAAGAGUUCCAGGGCGGCCCAGCAGCACUCCGAGCGCAUUAUGACGAUGUGUGAGGCCAUUGUAGACGAGACAAAGACCCACCCGCCGCAGCAGCUUCAUAAGUGGCUGGACAUGCUGAUGAAGGCGAAGAUCGAGAUCGGCAUCCCUGAUGCGACGGCGCAUGCCUUCAACACGUUCGGCACGGCCCUGGAACGGCACCUUUCCGAGGGCAGCGUGCGGCACAUCCUUUCGGGCGACGUCGGAUGCAUCGCAGUCGCUGGGCAGCUCAUGGAGUUCCUGCGGGCCGCGUGUCCGCACUUCCCUGGGCACAGUGGUGUCAUUACGAAGGCGAUGGAGCUAGGAAGUGCGUUCCUCGAGCAAGCCGGUAAGACUGCGAUCGCCGACGCAGCUGCCGAUGCACUCGGCAACUUGUUGAGGGCGUCCCAAGGCGAGGUGGAGUUCAAGCCGAUCAUCGACCAGACGGCUGCGGCCAUCAACGACUUCGUCAACUCGCAGCUCACCAUCAACGAUGACCAGGCCUCGGACGCGGUGCGGGGCAUCAAGUGUCUGAAUGAUGCGAGGUUGGCGCAUUACCACAUGUACUCGCCUGCGUUCAUGGGGAACUUGAGCGCCCUCGCAGUCUCCCUGAAGAGCAUGGUCCUCGAUCAGGCGGAGUGCAGGGCCGCCGACGCUUUCGAGGACUUGUGGGCAAAGCUGUCGGCGGUGUCGGCGGCGAAGCAGUCGUGGAUGCAGUUGGGGGGGGCCGUUGAGGCUCGGAUCGCCGCGGACGUUGGCCUUGGAGCGAUCUUGGACGUGCUGUCCGCGACCGUCGCCCUGGAGAAGGCUGUCAACGCAGUUGGCAGCAACAGCGUGGCUGACAUCGGGAAGGUGGUUGAGGACACAAAGGGGAUUGUCAGCGAGGUGGCGGCGGUAACCUGCGACAGCAGCGACAGGGAGCUCCAGCUAGCGCUGGCCUCGAGCAAGCUGGAGAACAUCGGCCAAGGUGUGGACGACGGCACCGACUGGGCGAGGGACCUCUCCGACAAGACAAUCGAGGAGGUGAAGGCCGUCGGGAAGACCGACUUCCUCGCGGAGUUCAAAGCGUUGGAGCUGGAGGCGGCCAUCGGCACGGUGGAGGGCGCCCUCACCAGUGCCAAGGCCCUCUGCGAGAAGUUCGGGCGGGAGCCGAACGCUGACUUGGUGUCGAGAGCCAACAGAGCGCUGCUCAUCGGGAAGAAGACCCGCUGGGAGGGCUUGAUCCUGCUCGAGCUCGUGGCGAUGGACGCCCAGAGCAACGAUUCGGCAGAGCGCGGCACGACUGUUGCGAACAUCAGGAAGUUCAAGCGCCUCGCCGAGAAAGAUGGAGUAUUCAAAAACAUGUUGCCGCAGAUAGUUGAGGCCGUGAGCUCCGCUGAGAGCAGCAAGAAGAGGGCACACUCCCCGGGCACCCCCUUUCUCGCAGGGGAGGCGGAUCUGGGCGAGGACAAGGCCUUCAACAAGGGCGUGCUGUACGCGAUGGUGGACCUGCAGGACUUCGCGGGCCAGGAGCUGGACGAGAGCCUGCGGAGCUUCCUCUCAAUCUUCCGCCUUCCUGGCGAGGCCCAGAAGAUCGACAGGAUGAUGGAGAAGUUUGCGGAGAAGUACUGCAGCGACAACCCGAACAAGUACACGAAUGCAGACUGCGCUUUCGUGCUCUCGUUCUCGCUGAUCAUGCUUCAGACGGACCUGCACAACCCGGGCAUCAAAAACAAGAUGACCAAGGACGAGUUCGUGCGGAACAACCGGGGGAUCAACGACAACCAGGACCUCCCCCGAGAGCACCUCGAGAAGCUCUACGAGGCCGUGGAGAAGAACCCGAUCUCGCUGCAGGAGGACCGGGAGGCGCAGCUCGCCAUGGAGUCGCAGGCCGCCCAGGGAGCGGCGCAGAAGUACGAGCUCUUCGUGCGGGAGACGGAGAGCAUCGUGGGGAAGUGCGAGGAGAUGAUGAAGCUGAAGACGGGCAAGUCGAAGGCGAGCAAGCACGUCCUGUGCGUGGAGCACGUCAGGCCUCUCUUCGAGGUCGCGUGCUGGCCGUACCUCGCCACGCUGGCGGUCCUGCUGGAGAUGCAGGACUCCCCGAGCGCCGUUGACCUGUGCAUCGAAGGCUUCAAGCACUGCAUCAGGAUAGCAGCACGCUUCGACAUGGACACUGAGCGCGACGCCCUCGUCUCGUCCCUGGCGAAGUUCACGUAUCUGACCACCGUCAAGGAGAUGAAGCAGAAGAACAUCGAGUGCAUCAAGGCGCUGCUCGCCAUAGGGCUCUCAGAGGGCAACAACCUGGGACCGUCGUGGCACUACGUCCUGGUCUGCAUCUCGCAGCUAGAGCGCAUGCAGCUGAUAGGCCACAAAACGAGGCAGGACUUCCAAUUCUUCGAGGAGGAGGCUGCCCUGGCGCAGCGUUCUGCGGGCGUUAGCACCCAGGGCGGGCAGAUCGUGAAAAGGCGGACUCAUGGCCUAGGGGUCUCGGCGCUGGUGUCGCUAGGCCAGGACGAUCGCCAGAUAGAGAUGGUGAACUCCGAGUCGAUCGUGUCCCAGAUAGACGCUGCUCAGAUCGAGCUGCUCUUCAAUAAGUCCACGAAGCUGGACUCCACUGCCGUCGUUCACUUUGUCACCCAGCUCGUGCGCGUCUCCAAGGAGGAGUUGGCUCUCCCCGACCAGCCGCGCAUCUUCUCACUGCAGAAGUUGGUGGAGGUGGCGGACUACAACAUGAACCGCAUUCGAUUGGUAUGGUCGCGCAUAUGGCAGGUGCUGAGCAACCACUUCAUCGAGGUCGCAUGCAACCCCAACAUCCGUGUCUGCAUGUUCGCGAUCGAUUCCCUUCGGCAGUUGGCGAUGAAGUUUCUGGAAAAGGACGAGCUGAGCAACUACAAUUUCCAGGCGGAUUUCCUGAGGCCUUUCGAGGUGGUGAUGGUCUCCACGCCAGGAGUCACACAGGAGGUCAAGGAUCUCAUCGUGUCCAUCAUCUCGAACAUGGUACAGGGCCGGCUUAAGAAUAUCAAGUCCGGCUGGAAGACCGUGUUCCACAUUCUGCACGCAGCAGCCCAGGAGCACAGUAACGAGGCCAUCGCCCAGUGCUCGUUCGCCAUCGUGGAGCGGGUGAUCAAGGACCACUACAAUGACGUCUUCGUGGAGAAUUUCUCGGAGGGCAUCCGGGCGCUGCUCGCCUUCGGGCACUGCCGGGCGAGCAGGGACAUGUCCCUCCGGGCCAGCCCUCGGAGGGCGCCGGCCGUGCACGUGCACCGGCCGCCAAGUGUGCAGUCGUGGCGCUGCAGUGUGGUCAAGCUCGUGCUCGGAAAGGGGCUCCCGGCCCGCCUUGACACGAGUCCGCGCUACACCUCGUUUCCUUCGGAGCACACCGCCGGCGCCCUCCGGGCCAUCGGCUACCUGCUGCAGGCCGCCGGCUGCCUCGCGGACCUCAGGGGCCACGACCCCAGCAGGCCCGACCCGCCGCUGCCGCCCCCGAAGGCCGACCUCGCGGGCGGGGGCGCCGCGGGCGGCCCCGAGGCGGGGGCGGGCGCCCUUGCCGGGGGCGGCCACCCCGCGCACGGCGGCAGCGUGUUCGACGAGGACACGUGGCGCUUGGUGUUCAACGGGGUGAUCAAGCCGCUGUUCGACGACAUCCCCGAGCUGCAGCACGUGGACGCUAGGGCCGCGGACGGCAGGGCCGACGACGGCCGCGCGGAGGGCAACGCGGCCUCGUGGGCGGCGGCCAUGGGCCCUCCCACCUGCCUGGCGGCACUCACGAGGCUCGUCGAGCUGUUCGAGAAGCACCUGGACUCGCUGGCCUUCCUGCUCGUGGACGUGCUGAGAUUGAUAGAGAACUGCAUCCAGCACGACACCGAGGCCAUCGCCCGUAUCGGCAUGGAGGGUUUCAAGCAGCUGCUGUUGCACACAGGGCAGGCCCUCCAGCCGGACUGCUGGCAGAAGGUCAUGGACAGCGUCCUGAGGCUCUUCAGCGACAGCAUGCCGGUGUGGCUGAUGGAGGUGGACGACAUCAUGCGCGCGGAGUCUGAAGCAGGAGGCCAUCUGCCUUUUCGAAAGGAGGACGUCGUGAUACAGUGCGUCGUGCAGCUGCUCCUGAUAGACAUGCUGCAGGACACAUUGGCGCAGCACUAUGAGUUCAUUCCUCCGAACGGACUGAUGACGCUGCUGGACGCCCUUCAGCGGUCGUUCGAGUUCGCGCAAGAGUUCAACCAGCAGAUCGAGCUACGCCAGGUGCUCAAGCGGCUGGGCUUCAUGCGUGAGAUGAAGCAGCUGCCUGGGCUGCUGAAGCAGGAGCGGGAGGCCCUGAGCUGCUCCCUGAAGGUCCUCUUCCAGGUGUUGUGUGACGAGAGGAUGCAGCAGAGCGAGCAGUUCCCGAAGGCCGUGGAGCGACUCAUGUCCCUCUGCGGUACGGUGCUGCAGAACUACGCCGCCAAGGAGGCCCGCCUGCACUCCCAGAGCGAGUUGUCCGCCGACGCCGCCGACGAGGCGGCCGCGGUGGAGACGGAGCGCGAGGUCCAGGGCCUGGUGCCCAUCAUAUCCGAGGUGGUGCUGACCGGCCUGAGGGACCUGCAGCAUGGGCAGUUCGCGGCGUACGCUCACGAGCUGGUCCCCCUCCUCUGCGAGCUGACUGUUGUGAAUUCGCGUGAGGUGCGGCUAAUGGUGAGGGAGGUGCUCCUUCGGCAGGUCGUGCCGCUGGUGGGUUCGGCUCCGCCGGGCUCGCCAGCGGCGCCAGCGCCGGUGAGAGCCGCCCAUGGCAUGCAGCCACCGGGUGGCUGA